AGGGAGGUAGAAAGGGGAGGAAAGGGGGAGGACGCGGGAGCGAGAGCAGCCAGAGGGGGGAGAGGAGGAAGAGAGAAGGGGGAAGCAAAUCUUGGAGGGGAGCCCAGAGAUUCCCGUGGCGGAGGAGGAAGAGCAGCGGAAGAGGAGGUUGGAGAGGUAGCGCAUUAGAUCUACUACAGCUGUUGUGAGUUGAUGCAAAGCUGAGUUGGCAUUGGUGUAAGCCCCUUCUUCUUCAGAGAUGGCUUCAGCAGGUGUAGCCCCAUCUGGGUACAAGCACAGCAGCAGCACCAACGUUGGUGCUGAUAAGUUGCAGGAUCACAUGAACGAGCUAAAGAUUAGAGAUGAUAAGGAAGUUGAAGCAACCAUAAUUAAUGGGAAAGGAACAGAAACUGGGCACAUAAUUGUGACUACUACUGGUGGCAAGAAUGGUCAACCGAAACAGACGGUGAGCUACAUGGCUGAGCGCAUUGUAGGCCAAGGUUCUUUUGGGAUUGUCUUCCAGGCUAAAUGCUUGGAGACGGGUGAGACUGUUGCCAUAAAGAAGGUUCUUCAGGAUAAGCGUUACAAGAACCGUGAGCUGCAGACCAUGCGCCUUCUUGACCACCCUAAUGUUGUCGCUUUGAAGCAUUGCUUCUUUUCAACUACCGAGAAGGAUGAACUGUAUCUAAACUUGGUUCUUGAGUAUGUGCCUGAGACUGUUCAUCGAGUCGUGAAACAUCACAACAAGAUGAACCAACGUAUGCCACUUAUUUAUGUGAAGCUGUAUAUGUACCAGAUAUGUAGGGCACUGGCUUACAUUCAUGGUAGUAUUGGUGUUUGCCACAGAGAUAUCAAGCCACAAAACCUUCUGGUGAACCCACACACUCACCAGCUUAAACUAUGUGACUUUGGAAGUGCAAAAGUUCUGGUCAAGGGGGAACCCAACAUAUCAUACAUCUGUUCCCGAUACUACAGGGCACCUGAGCUCAUAUUUGGUGCCACUGAGUACACUACAGCAAUUGACAUUUGGUCUGCUGGAUGUGUUCUUGCUGAGCUUAUGCUAGGGCAGCCUUUGUUUCCCGGUGAAAGUGGUGUGGACCAACUUGUUGAAAUCAUCAAGGUCCUUGGUACCCCUACAAGGGAAGAAAUUAAAUGCAUGAACCCGAACUACACAGAGUUUAAAUUCCCACAAAUCAAAGCACACCCAUGGCACAAGGUGUUUCACAAAAGGAUGCCACCAGAAGCUGUUGAUCUGGUCUCCCGGCUGCUCCAGUACUCCCCCAAUCUGAGAUGCACUGCUGUUGAGGCACUUGUUCACCCAUUCUUUGAUGAGCUUCGAGACCCUAAUACCCGUCUUCCAAAUGGCCGCUUUCUACCACCCCUUUUCAACUUCAAGCCGCAUGAACUGAAAGGAGUCCCAGCAGACAUUGUCGCGAAAUUGAUCCCAGAACACGCAAAGAAGCAAUGCCCCUAUGUUGGAUUGUGAGAUGAUCGUGCCUUGAGACCGGAACUCUGCAAGUGUGCAUUUUCCCUUGGGAUGUUGGAUGAUUGGUGGCAUGCACGCCUGUCCGUCGUUGAAGAUGCUAGGUUACCUGCUUGUACGACAGCCGUGGCCUGUGUACGUAGCUGAGUAGUGUAUGUCGCAAUGACAUGUAACGGCACCCCACCUCUUACUAACUGACGCUCACCUGAGAUUGCCAUAGCUGAUCUUGUAAUAUGUUCUAGAGCAGUAUGAAUGUAUUUAUUGUAGCUUGAUCUAUGUAUGGAUUCACUUCGUUUUUCCUAGUCCCUUCGUCUCCAGAUCCAGACUGCUACCUUGUUUUAUGUUUCUGAACCACUUGCUACCUGUUGGCCUAUCGGCUUUGCUCU